UUUUGUUUUAAUUUCCUGCUUUGGUGAUAAAACGUUAUAAUUCCUUGACAACACAUAUUCACGUAUUGUUUCACGAGUAUAUUAAUAAGGGAGUCGCGUUUUAUGAAUUACAGCAUGUACAAUAGCGAUAGUUUGGGUUCAUCAUUUUCGGCGUGCAUAAAUUGAUAUUCGUUUUUUGUGUGUGUGUGUGUGUGUGUGUUUUACUUUUAUGUUAUAUUGUGUCAUUUAACAGACAGGCAGGAAGGAACACUGUUUGACAUAUUAACCUAACUGGUAUUUUUAAUAAUGGCAACUGUCAACUAACUUUUCUGUUAAGUGUAGAAAUGCGUGUUUUGUUCUCGGUUCGUGGGAAUACUGUACUAUUAGGAACGCUACAGUAAGCUUUCUGAGGUGACAGCGUUCAUAAGCAAACAGUCUCUAUGUAGGUUAUUCGGUAGAGUUUGAACUUGUAUUUAUAAUAUUUAACCACUAUAUUCCCAUCUCGUUUUCUUGUUCUGCUAAAAAAAAAAUUGGAGGGGAGGGGUGUAAAUAUCCACCCACCUUAACCCACACUGUCUUGCCGUGGUGAGCGAAAUCAGUUGUUUCAGCCCAUUGCUUUGAAAUAUCCCUUUAAUAUUACACAAUGUGCUACCUGUACACAUACACGUUUAGAGGGUAAAGGGCAUUUUACGUAUUUGCAUAGAAUCGGGAAGCGCAUUUAUUGUGACGAAUUGUUUGAAAAGGCUAUGCAGUUUUUCUAGGCAUUAUAAAGGCAGUCGUUAUUUCCGUUGUUGUUCUUCAGAGAUGACACCGCUGAUCAGCUAGCUGCUGGAUUUAAACCCGCUGCUGCGGCGUUUUCUGGAUUUCUCUGAUUGGUCUGAGCCGGGGAGAGAAAGGCAAAGCAUGAUGUGGUUUCUGUAAUGAACUGUGAAUCUCCAGUCAAGAGCAAAGCUUUAGGAGUGAAAGAUGUUUGGUGUGGCUCAGUCCUCCAAGUCCCAGUUCCUGGACAAGGCCAGGCAGGCUCGCGAGGAGAGGAAGGGGCAGCGGGAGCGGGAGAGAGCUGCCACGCAGAUACAGGCUCUCAUCCGACGCUUCCUCUGCCGCUGCCGCCUGCAGAAGCAAAUCAGGAGGGAGGUUGAUGAAUUCUUUGAAGGCUGUGAUGCUGGAUCUUCUAAAAGAAACGCACUUUCAAUUUUUAAAAUUGCAAGGAAAUUAUUAUUUAUAUUCAUAAUGAAAGAAGAUAAGUUGAGGUUUGAAAAAUUGUGCCGCUGCAUCCUCGGGAGCAUGGAGGUGGAGAAUGAACCCAAGGUGUGGUAUGUGUCCCUAGCACUUUCGAAAGACCUCACUCUCCUGUGGAUAAAACAGGUAAAGGACAUCCUCUGGAUAUCCUGCGAGUUCCUGAAAAAGCUAAAGCCGGACAUCCUGCAAGACAACAAGAUGGUGACCCUGUACCUCAGCAUGCUGGUGACCUUCACAGACACGAGCAUGUGGAAGAUUCUCCGGGCGAAGGGAGAGGCCCUUCGGCCAGCCCUGAACCGGAUUUGUGAGAACAUUAUGGGCCAACUCAAUCAGAAGGGAUUUUAUACUAUACUGCAGAUUUUGUUAACAAAUGGACUGGCGAGAUCCAGGCCCUGUCUUUCAAAAGCCACUUUAACAGCCAUCUUUACUUUGGCACUACGGCCUGUUAUUGCAGCUCACUUCUCUGAUAACCUGUUGAGAUCCUUGCUGAUCCACAUCAUGUCUGUCCCAGCCAUCGUCUCACACUUCCACACUCUUACACCGGAGUGCAUAGCCACUAUCCAGGCUCACGACCUCCUGCGGAAGUUCAUCCUGUUUCUGAGCAGGGAGGAGCAGUGCAGUGAUAUCUGUGUGUGCCUGGAAGGGAGCCACACACUGUGCCUUCUGGGGAACCUCAUCCACCUGGGCUACCUGACUGAGAAGGUGUUGGAGGAGGAAGCCAACCACUUUGUGAGGGACCUGACCGACAUGCUGUCCUACUGCCAGAGAUACGUCUCCCAGAAGAAGUCCAACCUCACCCACUGGCACCCUGUUCUGGGCUGGUUCUCCCAGACUGUCGACUACGGUUUGAAUGAGUCUAUGCCUUUGGUCACCAAGCAGCUGCAGUACCUGUGGGGGGUCACUGUGAUCCGAACGCUCUUCAGCGAUGUGCUGAGCAAGAAGCUGGAGAGCCAGGAGCCUGCUCAGUCAGGCGCUCAGUCAUCGACACAGCAGACCAACCUACCCGUGAAGAAUCUCUUCAAGCGCGCGUUCCAGAAGUCUGCCUCGGUGCGUAACAUCCUGAAGCCAGUGGGGGGGAGGCGUGUGGACUCGAUGGAGGUGCGCAAGGUGUGCAGUAUCUGUGUGCUAUACCAGACUGCCCUCACCACGCUCACACAGAUCAGACUGCUCUAGACUGCAGAACUUACAGGGCUGACUUACCUGGACGACCUGCUCCCCAAGCUCUGGGCCUUUAUCUGUGAGCUGGGACCUCAGGGAGGGCUCAAGCUGUUCAUGGAGUGCCUGAACAAUGACACAGAGGAGUCCAAGAGGCUCCUGGCCAUGCUCAUGCUGUUCUGUGACUGCUCCAGGCACCUCAUCACGAUCCUGGAUGACAUAGAGGUGUAUGAAGAGCAGAUUUCCUUUAAAACAGAAGAGCUGGUCACCAUCUCCUCCUUCCUCAACACCUUUGUGUAUAAGAUGAUCUGGGAUGGAAUCCUGGAGAAUGCGAAAGGGGAGACCCUGGAUCUCUUCCACUCAGUUCACGGCUGGCUGAUGGUGCUGUAUGAGCGGGACUGCCGCCGGAGGUUUGCACCGGACGAUCACUGGCUGCGCAAAGACCUGAAGCCCAGCCUCCUGUUCCAGGAGUUAGAUAAGGGAAAGAGGAGAGCCCAGCUCUUACUACAGUACAUCCCACACGUCAUUCCUCAUAAAAACAGAGUCCUGCUGUUCCGCAACAUUGUAACGAAGGAGAAGGAGUCUCUGGGAUUGGUGGAGACGAAUUCGGCCUCGCCUCACGUCACCCACAUUACCAUCCGGCGCUCUCGCAUGCUGGAGGACGGCUAUGAUCAGCUGCGCCGGCUGCCCGUCAACUCCAUCAAGGGUGUGAUCCGGGUGAAGUUCGUGAAUGACCUGGGGGUGGACGAGGCUGGCAUCGACCAGGAUGGAGUCUUUAAGGAGUUUCUAGAGGAGAUCAUCAAGAAAGUGUUUAACCCUGCGCUCAACCUCUUCAGGACGACCAGCGGGGAUGAAAGACUCUACCCUUCGCCCACCUCCUACAUCCACGAGAAUCACCUGCAGCUUUUUGAGUUCGUGGGCAAGAUGCUGGGGAAAGCCAUCUACGAGGGGAUCGUGGUGGACGUGCCUUUUGCUUCCUUUUUCUUGAGCCAAGUCCUCGGACACCAUCACAGCACCUUCUACAGCUCCAUCGAUGAGCUGCCAUCGCUGGACUCCGAGUUUUACAAGAACCUCACGUCGAUUAAGCGCUAUGACGGGGACGUUGGUGACCUUGGUCUGACCUUGUCUUACGAUGAAGAUGUCAUGGGGCAGCUGGUUUGCCAUGAGCUGAUUCCAGGAGGAAAGACCAUGCUGGUUACCAAUGAGAACAAGAUCAGCUACAUCCAUCUGAUGGCUCACUUCCGAAUGCACACGCAGAUUAAAGAGCCAACCACAGCCUUUAUCCGCGGCUUCCGCUGCAUCAUCAACCCCGAGUGGCUGCAUGUGUUCUCCACGCCCGAGGUGCAGAGGCUCAUCUCCGGGGACAACGCCGAGAUCGACCUGGAGGACCUCAAAAAGCACACUGUGUACUACGGCGGUUUUCACAGCAGUCAUCGGGUGAUUAUCUGGCUUUGGGACAUUAUGGCGAACGACUUCACUUCUGAAGAGAGAGCCAUGUUUCUCAAGUUUGUCACCAGCUGCUCCAGACCUCCACUCCUGGGUUUCGCCUACCUCAAGCCCCCCUUCUCUAUCCGCUGUGUGGAGGUGUCCGACGAUCAGGACACAGGAGACACUCUGGGCAGUGUCCUUAGGGGUUUCUUCACCAUCCGCAAGAAGGAGCCGGGAGGGCGGCUCCCCACCUCCUCCACCUGCUUUAACCUGCUCAAGCUGCCUAACUACAGCAAGAAAAGCAUCCUGCGGGACAAACUGCGCUACGCCAUCAGCAUGAACACAGGCUUCGAGCUGUCCUAGCGCACACCCCAGAGCGAGAGGAGAGGAGAGGAGGGCGGGGCAGGGCAAGAGCCUAACCACACUCCCCCAUCACAGUCCAGCAAAUACCAGCCUCUCGAAUGCCAUUGUACAGUCCUGGAGAUGGGUCUUCUAUACUUCUGAAGCAGCAACCACCCUUGGAAAAUCUUGGGUUGUGUUGCCAUUGAGGCAGAUUUUUAGCUGGAGGCGUGUGAACCCCUUCUUCUUGUGCCCCGCCCCGCCCCCAAAAAAAGAGAUGAAUUAAGUAAAUAAAAGCGAAUGGUUAUUAAUUCCAGUCCUUUGAAUCUGUAAACGACAAGGUUUUUGUUUCAACCCAGAUCAGAAUACACCCACACACUCGCACUGCUUUUCCAAAGACUCAGUGGGGGGCUGCAAGGAGUGCUGUAGUUUAUGAGCACCAGAAAGCAACACAGACAUAGAAGUUCGUAUUCUGGUUGAAGCAAAAGCCCUGUCAUUUAGAGGCCUCAGUAGACUGCAGUUGCAAACCAUUGGCUUUUAUUUUUAAACAAAGUAAGUGCGAUUUCGGUGAAAUGAAUGAGUGGACUUUGUUUUUUUAAUUAAGUUAAUGUCUCCUUUAUUGUGUAACCCUUCCAUAGAAAAACUCACUUUUUAAAAUAAUGACCUCAGCCCCACUCCCCUAUACAUUACACUAUGAAACUCCAGUGUGGUGCUGAUUGAUUGGGUGCUCAUGUCACUCUUCAGAUCUCAUUGCACCUCUUCCUUUGUCGUGGAUGUCUGUGUGCUUGAAUGAUGUAUGUCUUCUAUCUGGAUUUGAAGAGAGUUCUUCCGAGCAAUCCACUGGGGUGCUUCCCUAUUCUUUGGAUUUUUUUUUUUAUUGCUCGGUUCGGUUCAUCUCAAAAUCCACAAGCCAACAAACUGAUAAAACACAUAAGACAGGUGCUGGAUUCAAGUAAUCUAACUGUAUUGUUCUAGCGAGAGCCCAUAGCAUUGUGGAAUUCUCGUGUCAUGUUGCGUAGAUUCAUUUUUCUUUAUUUAUAAAACAAUAACUUAAAAAAAAAAAAAUCUAGAGCAAGUUGUAUUUUACAUAAUUGACAAAGCCGCACAUUGUGCACUGAAGGAACCGAAUUGCAUCGGUUCAUGCAGCAAUGGGGAAGCAAUUUCUAGCUGCCCUGAACCUGUUACCUAUCCUGACUGACCUCAGUAAGGGACGAGUUUAUUAGUAAAUCAUUAAAACUAGCAACAUUAAUUCAAAAGUAGGAACGCACAGUAACGCACGUUACUUUUAUACAUUCGUGGUCAGUUUUGAAUGUGCUAGUCGUGCUGUCGUUAUGUUCUUUUUUGUAUUAUUUCAAUCCUAUGCAUGUUUCCAGUAUCUCAAUAUUAUUGAGUGUUACAACCAUGGAAGGUUUCCUGUGCCUCUAGAUCAGCUGGGAUUACUCUCCAGGAUCACCCAUCCCUGCUCCAGACAGCCCUAACUGCACUCUCCAGGAAUAUAAAGAGACCCAAAUGGAAGAGCACCCAAUUGUGAAAAUUCCAGAACUGCCCUUUCAAGGAAGAUGUGACCCAACGAAACUGGGUCUGCACAAGAGCUUAACAAGACAAACUAUACAGUGUGGAGCGUCAGUGAGAUGUGAUUUACUACACAGGAGAUACGCACACAUCACGGGAAAGCUCCUGGACUGAGAAGUGGCAGCUGGUCUGAACAGCAAGGUUUUUAUAACAGAGGGUAUGAAACUGAUCAGUUUCUUCCCUGUGUUUAUCAUUUUGGCACCAACAUUUCCUUUUUUUAAUUUUUUUUUUUUUAUACCGUGCUGAAGCCAAGAUGGGCUCCAGCUUGAUGCUAAGCCUAAUCUUCUACCACAAAAGAGGAAUGAGCCAGUGGUGGUUUUGUGAUAAAGGACUUCCCUGUGUCGUCUUCAAAGCAAUGUUCACGUUCUCCAUUGAACUAAAACGUGUUCUAUUGAUAAUAAAGGACUUGGCCACUUUGUGCUAAUUCUGUGAGGAAACCUAUCAUCACCGCAUUGAAGGACGCGCCCCUGUGAAAAUGCUGCAUUCUCCUUCUGGACGAUGUUAUGCAGUAACACUUAAAGGUGUCUGCUGCAUGCUGGUAGUUCUAGAGCCUUGUUGCCCAGCAACUGGGCUUUCUGCAACAUCUGUGCAAAGUGAUUUCUAACCCUGUAUAUAGCGUACAGUGUACCUUUUGUUUGUCUAUUCUGAUUCCAUUGUUUUACCCCAGCUGCUGGUUCCAUUACAGUCGGCAGUUUAAUUGGUGUCAUUUUUUUUUUGACGGAACCAAGCCAUAAUCUGGUUAACUCCAGGAAUGGAAAACGGGCCAAGUGCACUGCAGUGCUGUUGAGAGAAUGCUGUUGGCCCUCUGCAGUAAGUCAGUUGGUGUGCUGUUACAUGUAACCCCCUGCAUGAAAAACGACUUGGAAAGUACACAGUCACUGGCUCACUUGAGGAUGUGUUUGGAUUGGGGAGGUGGGAAGGCAAUUCAAUUGACCUUGCAUUGCAUUCCCACCCAGUUAUAACCCCCCCCCCCCCCCCUUCAACUGCAAACAGAUUGAUGCAUCUCAGCUGGGCUGUCUUUCAGUGGACACGCUCAGUCAUGUCAAACGUGUGUAGAAAUGUUUUUUUUUUUUUUUUUUUUUUUUUAGAGACCCUUUAUAUUGGCUGCAUCACAUCAUCGCCAUGGAGAAGCUUUUCUCUUUCCCUUCAUGGUUUUGCAGGAUCGUUUUUGCACUUUUGAGAAUGCAGCUGUUUAACGGCACUUGCUCUUCAAAAAGAACAUAAAAAUGUAAGCAAUAGACACCAUAAUCACAGCCAGAUGUUUUAAUGUGCAAACUGUGCACAGUGCUUCUAGAGAGUUCUGUGUGUUAGGGUUUUGGGGGAGCAUUGCUGGAUGUAUUUGGUUAUGCUUCUGGGGAACCACCACCAACCUCAGUGAUUUGGGGGGCUCUGCAUGCAUGAUUGUGAGAGUGAGAUUUGUAAGAGAUUGGGGACACGUUGUUUUUAAUUGAAGCAAUCCCUUGGAGCUCCUCCAGUACAUUUAGAGGCACCUGUGUGCAAGUUUUUAUUUAUAUUUAUAUUUUUUUGGAUCCCCUGCAAUUUAUCUUCCCAAAUGAGUCUUCACAGGUAAAUGCAAAAUAGUGUGGUCAUUGGGCGUUUUUUCUUGCCCGACUGUAAACCGACCCCUUCACUUUCCCCUUUUGUGCUCCCUGUUUUUACAGUUCUUGAAAAAAAAAAAGCCAGACGUUUUAACACUUUAACCAAGCUAGCGUUCCCCUUUUAUACAGUGUCAUUAAAAAAAAAAAAAAAAAACAACGUUGCACUAUGUGAAUUGCUAGUAAUUUAAAUAAUGCAAUUUUAAUGUAAACAUUUUGAUUAAUGUGUAUAACCCCCCCCCCCC